AUGGGAAAGGGCGCACGCUCCAAGCGAAGUCCCCGCGAUGGUGUGAAGAGACGACACACCCCACAACACCGAGCCACAGAAGUGGAUCCCGCACUCGUCGAACAGUACCGCAAUACACGGCAGCCCAUUAAAAAGAGUCAACUCUUCGAGAAACUGCGAGAACAGACAAAAGACGCCAAACGUGUUCGCCGUGAAACGCGUGAACGAGAACGCAAACUAUUAAAAGAUCGUGCACCUGCGAAGGCCAUUCCAAAAACAAAGGAACGUCUACGUCGCCCUGAUGUGACUAUUGUGGAGGAUAAAAAUGAUACAGAGAUUGUGCGAGAUGAGGCAGAUGAUGAAUUCGCAGCGUACUUUAAAGAGGGAAAGAAACCUCAUAUUCUUAUCACAACUGGUGAACGUCCAUCUUUCCGUACAAAACAGUUUGUAAAGGAAGCACUUUGGUUAUUUCCCAAUUCUGUUUACCGUCCACGGAAGGAUUACACACUGAAGGAGAUUACACAGUACUGUAUCAACCGUGAAUUCACAGAUCUUAUCGUGAUAACAGAACGACUGAAAGAACCGUAUAAUCUCAUCAUCUCACAUCUCCCUGAAGGACCAACUGCAACAUUCCGCGUAUCAAAUUUCUUAACACACGCGCAGCUAUCAGAUCCUGCACCUCGUACAGAACAUUACCCGGAGCUUAUCUUUAAAAACUUUGAUACACGUUUAGGUCGUCGUAUUCACCGUCUUUUGGAAUGUCUCUUUCCAUCAAUUCGAGAUUACGCUGGUCGUGCAGUGGCAACCUUUCAUAAUCAACGUGAUUAUAUCUUCUUACGUACCCAUCGUUAUAUUUUUGAUAGUCUUGAAGCUGUACGAAUUCAGGAGAUGGGACCUCGCUUUACUCUGAGGCUUUUGUCGCUGCAAUCGGGAACAUUUGACACCCAGUUUGGAGAGUAUGAGUGGUUUCGCAAGAAGGAGCAUGACACAGAUAAACUUGAAUGGUAUAUUUAA